GCCACAAAACAGUAAAGAUUUUUUUUUUUGCCUUAACAGGACAAUGAUGCUAUGUGUUCUGAGCAGAACAUUACAACUAGCAAGACAUUCAUACAGUCCACUGGGGAGACCACUUUGUUCCACCAGUGCAAAUAAGCCAGUGCUGACUUUAUUCACCAAGAAACCAUGCCCUCUAUGUGAUGAAGCAAAAGAAGUGCUUGAACCAUAUAAGAGAAGGUUUAUUUUGCAGGAGGUGGAUAUUACCCUUCCAGAGAACUCGGCAUGGUAUGAUGAAUACAAAUAUGACAUACCCGUUUUUCAUUUAAAUGGGGAGUUCCUAAUGAAGCAUCAAGUAGACAUUAAAAAGUUUGAGGACCAGCUUCUGAAGCUGGAGUUCCAAAAUGAUGGAAAACAGUAAAGAAAAUGCAUCUGCUGUGGUGUGAACCUGAAAGGACUGUACAAGAUAAAUUGUGUGAAAAGCAGUAUUCAUCAUCUGGCAUUACGUUUCUUAGAACAUAUGGCACCAGUGUUCUAAAAAACUUGUGUGGCUUGAAUUCUGUUUUUGUAUAAUCAUCCAGCCCCACUGCACCAGUGGCAGUUCUGUACCGUUUAUUUGAUGCUAUCCUAGGCUGACUUUUCACUGAGAGAAUAAAUGCUGCUGUGGAGCAGCAGAUAAAGAGAAA